UGGAGAUGGGCUCCCUCAGCCGCUCCUGCCUCACCCAUCCCUGUACCUCCGAUCCGGCCGUGGGCGGCAGGCCUCUCAGUGACGCCUGACCCUGUAGGGACUCAGGGUGUUCUCGCCCCACCCCGCCUUCUCUUUCAGAGCUUUCCCGAACAGCAGCCUCCGCAGUCAUGGCCCCGCCUUGUGUGCCCGCCGUGGGCUUCACGCUGGCGCCCAGCCUGGGCGGCUUCCUGGGCUCCCACUUCGUCCGCGGCGAGGGCCUGCGCUGGUACGCCGGCCUGCAGAAGCCCUCGUGGCACCCGCCCCGCGUGCUCGUCGUGCCCGCAUUGGGACGGCUGGCUACGGCGUUGGGGUACGGCUCCUACAUGGUCUGGAAAGAGCUGGGGGGCUUCUCGGAAGAGGCAGUGGUUCCCCUCGGCCUGUACGCCGGGCAGCUGGCCCUGAACUGGGCAUGGCCCCCCAUCUUCUUCGGCGCCCGACAGAUGGGUUGGGCCCUGGUGGACCUUCUGCUGACCAGUGGGGUGGCGGCGGCCACGGCUGUGGCCUGGCACCAGGUGAGCCCACCAGCCGCCCGCCUGCUCUACCCCUACCUGGCCUGGCUGGCCUUCGCGACCACGCUCAACUACUGCGUAUGGCGGGACAACCGCGGCCGGCGUGGGGGCCGGCGGGGCCAGGAGUGA